GGGUGGGUCAGGGCUGUGAUGUUGUGGACGAGCACCCAGCCAGGAAUGUGAUUUGCUGUUACCCUGGUGCUGAGAGGCCCUCGUGGUCCCAUCUCAUUCCGGGCUCUGGAGAGCAGGGUAUGUGCACAGUACUAUCCCUGCUUCACCAUGAUGGUUCUGAGUGCACCCGGGACAUUUGUGGCCUCCUUGGACUUUGGCCUGGGGUGAGGUUUGGGCUGAAGCUGGAUAGGUUGGGGGAGGGUCCUGGCUUCCCCUUCCCCAAAGUUGCAAACUUCUAUUUCAGCAGCUGAGAGCAAGCACACACCUCCUUACAGUCAGUGGUGACUCAGCCUGUGGCAUUUAGGUGGAAACAGGAUGUGUGUUCUCCGUGGGGAGGGGUGGUAUUAGGGGGAGGGAUCCCUGGACUCAUGGAGCUCCAGCCCCAGGCAAUUCCAGCCUGAGUACAGGCAGGCCAACUACUUCCAAACCUGGACUUUGAGGCUCCUCCCACACAGAUUGGAGACUGAGAUGGGUGCUCUUGGCUGGACCAGGGGAGAAGAUUUCCCCCUAACGCCGCACCCUGACUCCAGCCUGGCCUGCAUGUGUGCAGGACCCAGGUCUGAACUGAAAGGCUUGGGCCCAGGUAAGGGCCAGGUCCCUCCCAGGAAGGCUCCACCCCCGUCCAACCCUUAGGGAAAGGGCAGGACUUCUAGAGCUCCGCCUGGGAGGCAGGACCAGAGGCUCAGUACAGAGGGACCCAGACCCGGCGACCUGCUCCACUUGGGCCCGCUGCCACCGCCACCCAUGGGAAACAGCCACUGCGUCCCUCAGGCCCCUAGGAGGCUCCGGGCUUCCUUCUCCAGAAAGCCUUCGCUGAAGGGAAAUAGAGAGGAUGGCACAAGGAAGCUGGCUGGCCUGUUUGGCAUCGAGGCCGGUCCUGACCAGGACGCCACUGCUGACAAGAUCUUCUACUACAUCCCUGGGACGGACAUCCGGGGCCUGGAGAGCCCGCGAGAAAACCUGGAACAGCCAUUCCUGAGUGUGUUCAAGAAGGGGCGGCGGAGGGUACCUGUGAGGAAUCUGGGCAAGGUUAUACACUACGCCAAGGUCCAGCUACGAUUCCAACAUAGCCAGGACGUCAGCGACUGCUACCUGGAGUUGUUCCCCUCCUACCUCCACUUCCAGGCCCAUGGUUCCAAAGGACUCACCUUCCAGGGGCUGUUACCACUGAUGGAGCUGAGUGUCUGCCCGCUUGAGGGGUCCAGAGAGCAUGCCUUCCAGAUCACAGGCCCGCUGCCUGCUCCCCUUCAUGUGCUCUGCCCCAGCCAGACUGAGCUAGGCCGCUGGCUGUUCCACCUGGAAAAGCAGAUAGCCCUCGUGGGAGGGUUGCAGCGCUGCCACUUGGCACCCCCUCAGGGUGCCCCUGAGGAUGAGCUGCCCUGGACUCUGCAGCACAGUCUGACCCAGCUACGGAUGGAAUCAGGGCAUCAAAUGGUGGGCAGUGCCAUCUGUGCCUCGAGGGUCAAGCUGCAGCAUCUGCCCUCACAGGAGCAAUGGGACCGGCUCCUGGUCCUGUACCCAACAUCUCUGGCUAUCUUUUCCGAAGAAGCAGAUGGCCUUUGCUUUAAGGCGGAACUCCCACUCAGCGCCAUCCACAUCAACCUGGAAGAGAAGGAGAAGCAGAUCCGCUCUUUCCUGAUUGAAGGCCGCUUCAUCAACACUAUCCGAGUGGUGUGCGCCAGCUACGAGGACUACAGCCACUGGCUGCUCUGCCUGCAGACUGUCUCCCACAGGGAUGGAGUCCCCCUACUGCUGGGCCCUGAGCGCUUCCCGGGGCUGCGGGUGUCUACACAGGCCAUGGGUGGCGGCCGGGGCUCACUCUCCUCAGAUGGACGAACCAGCUGGGACUCGGGGUGCCCAGCACCCCCCUCCACCCACACCAGCCACUCUCUCCCUGAGUCCUCAGUGACAUCCACAGCAGGCUGCCCUGCCCAGCUUAUACCUGACCAGGCCAACCCUGGCUGCACCGGCAUCAGCAGGCAGAGGGCAGAGCUGAGACGGAGCAGCAGCAGCCGGUCACCCAGGAGCAAGGCCCGGGGUGAGGGACGCAGCCUGGCCACUUCAUUGUACUUGGACCUGACCAAGCUGAGCAAGCAGAGCCUAGAGGACCACCCUGAGGCCCCAGACGACCCUAUGAGGACCCCACACUCCCCACUCUAUGCUGAUCCCUACACACCACCUGCUAACUCCCAGCACAAGAUCACAGACGUCCAGGGCCUGGAUGAGUUCCUCAGCGCAGUGCAGAGCUCACUAGGACCUGAGUCCUCGAGCCCAUUCCCCUCCAUCUCUGUGUCCGUGCCCGUCUCCGACUCCAGCUCCGGACCCUCCGGUCCCCACUUGCUCUCCAAGAAGGGAGCCCCACAGCCUAGAGCCUCCCAGAGGCACCGAGGCUCCGUCAAGGGCCGGAGGCCACCACACCUGGGCUCCCCUCAGCAUGUCUCCCCUCAGAGGGACGUCUCACCCGACCCCCCGCUGCCUCCCUCAGGUGGCCAUCCCCCCACAAGCUAUGACAACAUCUUGGACAAAGCUUCAUCUCUCUCCCACCAGCGGUGGCCCCGAGGAGAACCUGAGGCUGGAGGGGGGCUCAUCCAGUGGAUCUGAUGGCCUCUGGGCAGCUGGUUCUCAGAACCACCUGCCAGCAUGGAUCCUGGAGUGGGGGUCUACAGCAGAGCACAGAGCCUGGCUCUUUCUUUGUAGGGCCACAGGCUGGCCGGCAUCCAAUACGACUGCCAUUCAAUGCUGAGUCAGUGUCUGAUCCCAGCAGGGUGAAGGGGUCUCCAGAACUAUGAGUUUCCCUGGGCUCUGGAGAGGCCAGGGGACAGCCUCAUACUGAAGAUGGCCUGGCGACAGGGCUGUACCCACAUCAGACCAGACUUCCACCUUUCCUCCAGGAAAGGACUGAAUGAGGCCACUAGAUGCUGGCUUUACCUUGCGGGGGGAGAACGGUGCAGGUGUGAAGGUCAGAGGGCUGAACAGUCAAGUUAGUGAGGGUCAGAGAGCACAAGGGCAGGUGGUCAGCAAAGCCUGAGACAUGACCGAGACAGAAGGGUAUUCAGGGUGAGUGUCGGUGGGCUGAGUCUGGUUGGAGAAACUGACAAGAGACCGAACAAGAAAGAAAGAGAAGA